AUGGACGAUGUUCAAUAUUAUCAUGAGUAUCUUAAAGAGAGGGCAAUAUUAACACCCAGAAACGAAACUGUGCAUGAAGUAAAUGCAUUUCUCCUCUCCAAGAUUCCAGGACAAACCACAGAGUAUCUAAGCUCAGAUAGCAUUGGCAUUGAUAGCGCUCCUGGAACUGAUUGGCAAUCUUUAUACCCCGUCGAAUAUCUGAACUCUCUAGAAUUCCCUGGACUGCCGAGUCACCGACUAGAUUUAAAGGUUGGAGCUCCUGUGAUGAUGCUAAGAAAUAUCAAUCAAAAAGAAGGCCUUUGCAAUGGGACACGGCUAAUUAUAACUCAGUUGGGAAAAAGAGUUUUGGAGGCAGAAAUUAUGACUGGCCCAAACCCUGGAAAAAAGGUCCUUAUUCCAAGAAUUAUUCUAUCACCAACAGAUUCAAAACAUCCAUUCACAUUACGAAGAAGGCAAUUUCCAAUAAGAAUAUGCUACGCAAUGACAAUAAAUAAAAGUCAAGGGCAAAGUCUGAAAAAAGUUGCUUUAUAUCUCCCACGUCCGGUCUUUAGCCAUGGUCAGUUGUAUGUGGCUCUCUCCCGUGUCACUUCUGCAAAAGGAAUAAAAAUCCUAGAUAACACGGAAGACAACAAUGCCAACUCUGUCGUCACCAACAUUGUUUACAGAGAAAUCUUCAACGGUCUACCAACACCAUGA